AUGGCUCGCGCGAACUCGUCGCGGGCCACAGCGACUGAGCGCCUCGUGCUGAUCCCAGCCAUCUACAAGAGGAACACGACUGGUUACAAGAACGUGACCUUCAACAGCAGCAAUAAGAAGUUCGUGGCGCAGGUGCGGGAUGGCGGCAAGCGUGUCUACCUCGGCUCCUUCGACACCGCUGAAGAGGCGGCUGUCGCCUACGCUCGCUCAGAGUACGGCCGCGCCGACGCCGCCAAGCUGCUGCAGCCUCGCGCUGCUCCCACUGCCGCUGACGCCGAGGUGAUACGGCAGGCGGAGAGGGAGGGCCUUACACUGGUCACCAGCGGCAGCAGCAACAGCGGCUACAAGGGUGUCUGCUACUGCCCGAAGCGGAAAGGCAGCAAGAAGUACGAGCUGGCGGUGAGGGUCGGCGGCAAGCAAGUCUUCCUCGGCAUGUUCGCCACCGCCGAGCAGGCGGCGCUCUUCUACGCCCGCAGGGAGGCGGGCAGGGACACCAGCGAUCUCACCGCGCCGUCGCCGCCGCCGCCGCCACCCGCGCCUUCCACUGCUGCUGGCGAGGAGGCAGUCCGGCAAGCAGAGAGGGAGGGCCUUACGCUGGCCACCAGCAGCGGCAGCAAUAGCGGCUACAAAGGCGUGAUUUUCUACCCGAAGCUGCGAGGCAGCAAGAAGUACAUGCUGCAGGUGACGGUUGGCGGCAGGAAAAUCACCCUCGGCUACUUCGCCACCGCUGAGGACGCGGCGCUCUUCCGCGCCCGCUCGAUGGCAGCCACCCGACAGAGGCUCGGUGGCCUCCCGCCAGCCUUCAAGCGGUGGCAGCGCCAGCAGCGCCAGCAGCGCGUCGCUCAAGCGGAGUCGGAGGGGGAGGAGGAGGAGUCGGAGACGGAGGAGGAGGAGUCGGAGACGGAGGAGGAGGAGUCGGAGUCGGAGGCGGAGGAGGAGGAGGCUUUUGGGCCAGCCGCGGCUUCCGCUGCACAGGCGGCGCCAUCGGCUGCCACGCGGCUCCAGCGCAGCUCGCAGCGCAAGCGGCCCGCGGAGGCAUGCUCGACGGAUGCAGAGGUCGCCGAGCUGGGGCUGGCGCUGGCGCGCUCGGAGAAUCAGAUGCCGCCGGACGAGCGCGAGCAGCGGGCUGCGAAGCGGCGGCGGCUGCUUGAGCAGGAGGAGGAUGCGGCGGCGGCGGCGACAGCGGAGGAGGCGGAGGAGGCUGGGGGCACGGCCGAGCCAGAUUCGCCGCAGCCGGCGCACCUGUCGCCAGUGCCACCGCCGCCACCGCCGCCGCAGCUCGCGCCGUGGCUAGAGGCGGGCGCGCGCUGCUCGAUCUGCUUGGAGGGCAGCGACGUCGACGACGAGCGCUUGCUGACGAGGGCUCUCUUUUGCGACCCCUUUGCGGACGACGGCUGGGGCUACAGCCUGUGCUGCCACAACAUCUUCCACUACACGUGCCUCCUCGCUCAGACCAAGCCGCGGCAGGCGGACUACGUCACGCGCCAAGGGCAAUGCGACAUCGCCACGGAUUGCCCCAGCUGCCGCAGCGAGAUUUAUGGCACUCGGCGGCGCAUGCUCAAUCGCGGCCCGCAGGGCGGCGAGCCGCCUCGGCGCAACGAGUCGCUGCGAGCGCAGAGGGCCAGAAAGGGAUUCUAG